UGCAGGCAAUCAGUGAUUUCUUCAGAGAUAAAGGACUUACUAUAUCUUUUUUUUAAGACUUGCAUUAUAUUUGUCAAAGCACUGACUGGUAUGUGAGAAUAAGAAGAUUUAUAUGUUCUCCAGGUAAUAAUCUUGUAUCAUUCAGAAAAUGCUUAUAUGAGUACUGAAAAAGUUUACUACUGGAAGCAGAAGACUGUUCUUCCUUAAAUCAUAAAGUGACAGAGAGGAGUAUCUUCAAUGUGUUAUUUCAUCAUUCAAGGGAAUAAUGUUACAUUUGACAUUCCAAUCAUUGUGAUAAAAAUGUCAUGCUUAUUGCAAUGCAGUUUUUAGUUAUGCCACAAUCAAGGAAAAUAUAUUUAAGUAGUUUACAUUUCAAGACUUAAUAGUAAUAAUUACGGAAAACAAAAAGUCCCCUUUUAAUAAUUAAAAUCAAAAGUCACAUGAAAAUACUAUGCAUUUUGAAGUGGGGCAAAAUAUAGUAUGUUUUUCUAAGAUACAACAUUUUAGUAAAUAGUUUUAUCUCACAAAUUAGAAGAAUACCAAAGCAUCACUAUUUUUUUUUUUAAUAUAAAUGUACUAUACAUAUUAAUGAAACCCUUUGGUGAAGCAUAGAUUUUAUGAGAAAAGCAAAAACACUUCAAGGCUUUGUCUGGAAAUACCGAAGAAAACAAACAUGAAUGGAUCGUGCAUACAGACAUAUUGAGAACUUGUGGUUUUCUUUUCAUACACUCUUGAUAUGACCUAGUGAAAUGGGUCGCAACGAAACUAGUUGUCUACGAAACAUAUCCUGUGACUCAAUGGAACAGCAAACAAUGAAAGUGAGACCUGCACUGCUGAAACGAAAAAAUCAAGAUUCUUCAGAACUCCUAAAUCAUUCUAAUCAUCGUAGAAACAAAUCUCAGCAAGUACGAUUUAAGGAGGAUACAACAAACACAAAUCCCCCUGGCUUUGCAGAAUUGGAUUUAAAGUCUGGUGAAAACACUCAACUAAUAAAUGGAAAGUCAGAAAAAUGUCACAGCAGAUCAAUGUGUUCCUUUCCUUACUCAAAAUCACAAAAGGGACUUCAAACUGUUGCUGUUCAGACAUCUCCUAGACUCAGGAAAAAUCUCCCAAUUUUAAAGGAAAAAAACCCCACUGCAACAAAGCAUUUAAAUAAAUCACCAAGAGGCUCAAGCUGUGUACAGUUCAAUGGGGACCUUUCAGAUGAAGACAUGGCUAUUAAGCUAUCUCACCUAAGAACAGGUGAUACAUUGGAAGGGUUUAUAGGAGCCAGGAAAUACUGUUCUUUCAAACAGGUAAUAUCUAAAGCACAAAGCAAUGGACCCAUAAAUGAAUGCUCAGGAAUGGAAUUUGAUGAGACUUUUCAAAGGGUGACAGUUUCAACACAGGUACCUGAAAAUUCAAUGGAAAGUAUUUCAGAGGAAUAUGAAGAGUCUAACGUGAAUCUGGAAACUGAACAAACACUUCAGGAUUCUUCAGGAUGUCCUGACAGAUAUAAUUCACAAUGUACACAGUCAUCAAUUUCACAUGUAUGCUUCACAAAACAUAGGGAACAAAAAACAGAAGAGCAUAUCGAUAGGCUGAAUAAAAAUAUAGUCGAGAAGUUUAAAGAAAAUAUUGAUUCUAAAAAGAUUAUAAAUGUAACGCCUUCAUUAAGCAGCAAUCUAUCAUAUUGUUUUCACUCAGAACACCAAUCCCACAAAGUUUCAGAAGGGACUCCCACCACUAGGAGUAGUCAAAUAUCAAGAACAUUUGAAAAGAAAGAUAAAUUACAAGAUGCAACAACUAAAACAAGGACAGAAAAGAACCCAACACAACCAAAUACAGCACAGUGCAGUCGAGGUGUAGAACAAAGCAAUUUCUUCCCAAAGAUUGAAACACAUUAUAAUACCUAUGAUGAAACUAAAGAGGGAAACCCGGGGCAUACCACACAAGGUGAAUUGUGUUCCUUACAAGGUAAACUGAAAUCCAUAGAGGAAUCCUUACAGUCAAAUCAAGAGAAGAUUAAGAUCCUUUUGAAUGUAAUUCAAGACCUGGAAAAGGCCAGAGCAUUCAGUGAAGGGCGGAACUUCUAUAGAACUGGACAAGAUCUAAACAACUGUAGCACUUGUCAGAGCACAGCUUGUAUUAUAUACAGUGUAGAAUAUGACUUCAGACAACAAGAAGGCAGAUUUCAUCAAGUUCUAAAAAUGUUGGAUCAAGCAGAACCAUGCCCUAUUCCUGCUCCUGUUCAGAAACCUGAAGAGGACAAUGUGAUUCCUGAAAAACAAGAUGUUCGGAAGAAAACAAAGAAAGUAAAAAAGAAAUGUUUUUGGUGGAUUUAAUAUGUACAUACCAUAAAACCUAUGUCACGUUUUUUCAUGUACUGACUUUUUGCUCUCUUAAAUGUGAUGCCGCUGUUGGGUUCUCUAUAAAUAGCAUAAUACACUGAAAGCUUAUCAUGUCUUUUACUUAAGUU